AUGACGCAAGAAAUAAGCGGUAACAUAUUUAAUAUGGAUAGAUUAUCUCCAGUCAUAGAGACAUCUUCUAAGGAUACAAACGGUAAACUACAACAAGAAUUAAUUUCCGCUAUAUACAAGGCUCAAGACAUUGUUAGCAAGCUUAAACGUCCUCAUUUGCAAAGUCCCGUCGAUAGUCCAGAAUUUUCUAAAGAAAUUGAACGUCAACUCGACAAUGAACAGCGGCAUCCUAGUUCUGUCAAGAAAAAUAAGUACUUGUCAGAAUUGGAACCUCUCAAUACACCAAAAACAUCAAGCACAGCUUUCGUUGAUUCUCUAGAGCUCCAUGACACGAAUGUGCCUGUCUCUAAUGUAAUAAAUGUGAUUAAUUCUUUGGUAGAUAGUUUGUCGAAAUCGAUGAAUGAGCUGAAGGAUUUAAAGUAUAAAAAUCUGAUAUUAAAUACAAAUAAUUCAGGUACAUAUUCAAGGUAUGAAAUAGAGAAAAAUCUACAGAAGAAAGAAUACGAAAGACUUAAAUACCAAUUACUUGAAGAAAAACAAUCUUACAUGAUUCAGCUUCGUGCAAAAGAUCACAAAGUUAACAAAUAUAAGAAAAGAAUAGUUGAAAAAAAUAGAGCGAUUAAUAAACUAAAUAGAAUACUUCAUGAGAACUUGCUUAAAGAGAAUCUCAAGUCCAAUUCAUUGAAGAGUCUUAAUCGAAAUGAACUUGAAAGAGCAACUCCUCUUGAUAUGAAAAUUGGUAUAAAUGCUAGCCGUGCGGCAAGUGGAAUGUUGGAUACGUUGGGCCUAUUAGCAACACAUGUAUUGAAUGAUGAGCUCAUUGAUGAGAAGAAUAACGAAACAACAAUACAAUCGGAGGAUUCAGUCCCAAAUGAAGGAACCCAAUUCGGUGGUUCUGUUGCUUCAAAAGCGGAAAUCUCUGUUAAGCCCUUCCAAAUGCCGAAAUUAAGAAGUUUCAACACUGUCAAUGGUUCAAUCAGCGACGCUCAGUAA